AUGUUCCGACCACCACACGCCAUCCUCACACUCCUGCUGUGCCUCAUCCCAAGCUCCUUAGCCAAUAGCAUGGCCACCACCACAACCAACCCAUACGCCACCCACACCCUCCUCAAACGGCAAAGCUCCCUCUUCUACGUCUCCAGCUCGUCCACCCCGACCGCCAACGACAGUGCCCCUGGCGGCUCCUCCAACAACACCAACACCGACAACUCCGGCGGCCUUGUGAACUACUAUUUCGGCUUUCUUGCCCUCAUACUCUGCGCAGUCGGUCUGUGCAUCUUCCUCAUACUCCGGAGACGGUACAGAAUGAGAGCGCUGUAUCUGGGCAGGCAGCAAGCAGGGCCACAGGGGAAUUUUGGUGGGGAAAGGCCGGAUGGCGGGUGGACGAACUGGAAUCCAGAGCGAAGACAUGAGUGGGGUGGGAGAUGGGGACAUGCGGAUGCGAGUAGGGAGGAAGGGUUGAAUGAAUAUGGAGAGGCACCGCCGGCUUAUGUGCCGAAGACGAGCCUGGAGGAGAGGGAAGACUAUUCUGCGACGCAGACGGAAGGCUCGGCGGGCCAGGGGCAGAGUGCAGCGGCUGGUGGAAGCUCUCCACAUCCACCAGAGCGCGCGGCAGGCUCUUAA